AUGUUCAAGCCAUCAAUUAUCUGCCAGGCAGUUCAUCUUUCCUGCCAUGGCUCCAGGAGCACGGCAGCUGCUACACGGUGCACGUCCAGGCGUUCUCUCGCCCGCUGCAUCUCAACAACCCCUUCUUUAAUGGACAAGGGUAGAGACAGCAGAAGGGGUAAGGGAGAUGAUGACCCUUUCAAGAAGUCGAGCACUGCUGCGGCCGCAGAAGAUACCGCAGACCACGAGGGUAUCUAUGCCCGGACAGACGAGAGUGUUCGUGUAGAAUAUCCUGAGGCCCACGAGAUGCCCCGUACUCCCAUCGUGCUGGGCCGUGGUGGCAUACAUUUCAAGCGGACGCUGGCGUCUUUCUCAUUGGAAGGGCGCGUUUCUGUCGUUACGGGCGGUGCCCGCGGGUUGGGGUUGGUUAUGGGACAGGCGCUCGUGACGUCGGGAUCUGAACUUGCCAUUGUGGACUUGAAUAAGGAGGAAGCAGAUGUGCAGGUACAGAAACUGUUGGCGCAGCAUAAGGAGGAAAAUCCAGGCAUUGAAGUCAUGCCCAAAAUAACCUCCCACUAUGCCGACGUCGCCAACCCCGACUCCGUAAAUGCCUGCAUCUCCAACAUCCUCGCCUCCCACAACCGCAUUGACAAUCUUGUCACUUCCGCCGGCUUCACCGAAAACUUCGACGCAAUCUCUUACCCAUACGACCGCAUGAAGAAAUUAUGGGGUGUAAACGUCGACGGUUCCUACCUGUUCGCUGUAGGUGUUGCAAAACACUUACUCGAGCGCAAGUCUCCCGGCUCCAUCGUCAUGAUCGGUAGCAUGUCCGGUUCCAUCGUCAACGUACCACAGCCGCAAGCCCCGUACAACGCGGCGAAGGCGGCCGUACGGCAUCUCGCUGCGUCGUUGGCGGUUGAAUGGGCGAGUGCGAAUAUUCGGGUUAAUUGUAUUAGUCCCGGGUAUAUGUUGACAGCGUUAACCCGCAAAAUCCUUGACGAUAACCCGGACCUCAACCGCCAAUGGACCUCUCUCAUCCCACAGGGAAAAAUGGGUGUUCCGGAGGACCUCAUGGGUGCCGUCACAUUUCUGCUCAGCGAUGCGAGCAAGUAUAUCACCGGUGCUGAUCUGAGGGUUGAUGGCGGAUAUACCCUUACGUAG